AUGCCGGCUAUUCACAUCGCUGUACAUCCUCUGCCGGGAACAGUGGAAGAGCUACACGAAAGGUAGCUCAAAGCAAUUUUGAGAUAUGCGUUUAUUUCGGUGCAUUUCAACGAGGGUUGUACUUGUUUGUCCGCUAAUCCUCGUAUAAGCGUAAGAGUAGAGUAUUUUUUCGCCAUUGAACCUUUUACUGUUUUAAUUUUUAGGCUGAAGGAGGUUUCAGAGUCAAAGGAAAAGAGUGGUUUCUUGAGGUAACAUUUUGCUUAUGAAAGAACUCCCUGCAUGACUAGUUUAGAUGAAAAUGGCGAACAAAAACGUGCUCUGUAUGUUUUUUAUAUAAACUUAGGUUCGGUGUAGAAGUUUUUCUGUUGCACGAGGGGACUUCUUCACUUGAUUUGCCUUAAAGUGGUUUCAUGUGUGUUGUUAAAUGUAGUCCGAUUUUUUUCCUUCCGAACAGAAGUUAAAAAUUACACAUGCAUGCUUUCUCUUCGUUGCACAUGUUUUUGGCCGUUAAACCCUCUAGACUUUGAGAAGCUUACUUUUAGUUCUCUUAAUGUUUCUUUAUAAAAGCUUUCUUAAUUAUCCUUUUCCCUUUUUGCGUCUGUAACGAGUGCAAAUAUGUUAACAAGAAUGAAAGAUGCGAGUCCUUUAAAACGUUUUAUUCGUUCUAAUAUCUCUACAGAUGUGGCUACACAGCUAGCAUACACGUGAAAGGUUUCCUAUUUUUUUCAAACUGUAGCGUUUUUAGUUAAAGUACCCAUAAAAUAAUUUUUUUUACGUAUUUCCUUAGUUUAUCGUAGGUACAAACCAAUCUCGGUAGAAAAAAAAUUUAAAAAAAUGUAAACUCAGUUUUUUGGGAGCUUAAGUGGUCUUAUUUUGUCUUUAAGAGUGUCUCGUAGACUGGUAACGAGUUCUCAGUUGACUCUUGUAAAUCUCUUACAUCUCUUGUUAUUUUGUAUCAGUCAGCAUUGAAAUGCCCUUGAAAUAAUGUCUGAUUGCAAUGCAUACCUAACUUCAGCAGGCUCUAUUGUGAGUUGUGAUACAUAGCACUCAAGUAGGAAAGAAGAAAUGGAAGUUGAUUAUACAGUUCAACCUUACGAAGAGGAAUGGCGUGUAUCAGGCCAAGAUUUCAACAAAGACCAACAAAAAUGAUUUAUCAGCUGGGGUUUUUAGGUCAAGAUUAGAACAAGAAAACUCCCACUACUGAAUGUUUUGUUUGUUGUGUUGUUUUCUAUGGCAAAAUCUAUAUUAGGAAUGGGUGGCUGUGUUCAUUUCUGUUGCCUUAACAUAUUCUUCCUGUGCACUAAGAGCAGUGAAGGUUCCCCUUGGUCAGUGCUCUAGAGUUUCGUUGCUGUAGAGUAAUUCCCAUGGCAAACAAAAAGCUAACCUGUGUUGUUUCAAGGAAACAAGCUCCCUAGAUACAAAGAGUGCUGUCCAAUUCAGGGAGUUUUUUAAUUUGUAUUUCCUGUUCAUCAGUUCUCCAGUUCUUCAAGCACUUAAGGAUCAAGUGAUAAAAGAAUGUGUGGUGGGACCAAGGCAUGUUGCAUUUCUUUUGGAGGUCAGUAAUACAGAGUUUUCUAUAAAAAAUGAUUUAGCAGGAUCAUGUCUUCUCCAGAGGCAUCAGCACCCAGUGUUUUUCCCACCUACUUAACCCUUUCACUCUAGAACUGAUAAGACAUAAUUUCUCCUUACAAUACCAGUGCAAUAUCAAGCAGGCAAGGUGAUAAGAGUAUAGGAAAAAAUCAAUUAGGGGAUUGUUAGUUGAUCCAAUACCAAAUUCUCCAAACUAAUGUCAUGAGAAUUAUAGGGCAGACAGUAAGGGGAUUUAAAAAUAAGGUCCCAAGGUGAAAGGGUGGACACAAGGAAAUCAAUGUCAACAGAAUACAUCCUUGUGCCUUUAGCACCCACUUAUUUCCUACCAGCUAAUGUUUUUUUAAGGCGGUGAAUGGUUUUUAACCUUGGAGUAACGUUUGAUCAUGAAGUCUGAUUAUCUGAAUGAGAGCAGUCCUUAGAAGGACUUUUUGGUAAAGUGACUGAUGUUCUAACACAUCAUGGGAAGUCAUUAUUAGAGUCAAGUGAAGUGCUGUUGUUUUGAGUCAAGUCAAAUAAACUGAUUGGUCAGUUUUGCCAUGAUAUUACAUUGGUUAGAAUGAGCAGUGAUAGUAAUACUCAGGGUUAUUUCGUGCUUCAAAAGUUGAUGUUCACUGUGGUAGCUGUGUAGGUUUUUUUUUCUCUCAUGUGAGAUUUUUAUCACCACGUUGUCAAUUUACAUGUUACAUAAUAAUGUGAACAAGAAUAUACUACAGUGCUGAUUAAGUACAAUUUUAGUGAUAAGUGUGUUCUGGUUUAGAAUGGACAAGUUUGCCGUGUUCCUUUCACUCUUCAUCCAGACAAGCUGGAUCUGUCAUCCAGAGACAUAACUGUGUAAGUAUUUUGACCAAGAUUUUGAUGCAAAAUGAGAGCUAAUAACUAUAUAAACAUGUUCUUGUGUAUUACAAAGUCCUCUGUAAAAUAUUCAUGACUGGAAACCUAAAAGAUCAAAUUUCCAUGUAUAACUGGACAGGUUGAAGUGAUUUGUAUUAUUCUGUAUAAGUUAUUACUGUACAUAGUAGUUACUGUUUUUUUGGUUUUUUGUCCCUAUAGGGAAGAAGAUAACAGUAAUACUGCUGCAAGGUCUGCAUCUCACAUAGUUCUACAUGCAGGUAUGUUUGAUUUGCAGUCUUUGUACUCACAAUACUGGUUUAUUUCAGGAAGCCCUCUGAGUGAUCAGGAUUAAUUUUCUCCUUGAACAAUGAAUGAAGUCAUGAUAGUUCAUAACUAAAGAUAAAACUGCUAUGAUCUCAAAUAAAUCCUGACAACAGCUGUUAUAAGGAAUUAUGAGGAGAGAGGUUGGGAAGAUUUUCACUUGUUAACUUUUGCAUUUGCGUUUUGCAUGUACACCUCAAAGAGCAAUAGAAUCAGUUAAAAUAGCAGAAAUUAAUAGAUAAGGAAUGUUUGAGUCUAGAUAUGGUGUAUCUUUGCAUAAUGGUAAUUCCUUUUGUGUUGGUAGUUGGUGGUGGAAGUCGUGGUCAAGGUGAAAACUCCUGGGUCCUUUCAAACAGUGGAGAAACUCUGAGUGGUCUCACAGGACACCCAGUUAUCAGGUAAUUUUAAUUUAAUUAAUUAAUUUUUUAAAAAAUUUUUUAUUCCUCCAAUUCCUAGCUGAUACAUAGUUAUGUAAAUAUAAAGUGAUAUAACAUAAUAUCAGAUAAAGAUUUACAAAGGAAAAAAUGUGUAGAGCAGAAAUUACAACACUUAAAUGGAAUUACAUUGUAUGUUGAAGGAGAGGAGAGGGGCACAUCUAGAAAACUAAUAUUUGCUGUCCUUCUAUGUAUAACAAAGGACUGUAAAGGUAUUGAUAAAAACAGGGCUGUCCUUGUCAAGGGCUGUAAACAAAAAAUUUACCCUUUGUAUCUUUUAUGAGCUCCUUUGACCAAACUUACACAUCACAUGUGUGUUUGAGGGGGGUGGGGGAGGUGGGGCAAGUUAUGUCUGAUUGUUUUCUGGCAGUCAGUCCUUUUAAAAAGGGUGUGGUACUUUCCAGGUUUUAUUAAAUGAUUGGCUUAAGGGAGGAAACCUUCUCUAUAACCUUUCAAAAUGAUUAAUAUUCCAAACUAUGUCUGCAACAUACAAAGUUUAAUUUGCCAAUAUGAUGUGUGAAAUGUUUUUCAGUCGUUGGGGUUCAGCUCCAUCAGCCAUGUCAUUAAGGACAUCUGCUCGUGCACCAGUGCGUGGGCGUGGCCGUGUAGUACGAAGGGGUGCAAGAGGGGGAGCAUCUGGGUGGGCAAUAGGCUCUCGUGCUGUGCCACCAACAGCUGUUCCAGAAGAACUUGUUAAUCAGGUAAGUCACUUGUCUCUUCCUUGUUUCUGGUUCAUUUUUUCAGCUUGAUGGAUGGUUAUCAAUUUUCUAUUGAAUGUAUUGUUGUGUUUUGUUCUUCAGGCUCAAGUUGUGCUUCAAGGGAAAUCAAGGGCUGCCAUCAUCAGAGAGCUUCAGAGAACAGUUAGUUUCUUCUGUCAUAUUUAUAUAUUGUACUCCCAGAGUUCUCAAUAUUGUUUGCAGAUUGUUUUUGAUACAUGCGAUGGACUUAGCUGUAAAAAAGGGACAGCUCAUAGUGUAGUAAUAAGAGUCAAACAGACUGACAGUAAACUUGAAGUUGCCUGUUGUUCAGGUGCGAUAAAUAAUUAGCCUUGCAGUAAAGGGUUCAGUUUUGAUUCCAUGAGGAGGGAGAGAGGGGGAAAUUAAUCAUGUUUAUUUGUGUCAUAUGCAGUGUUUUUCACAUUCCUUUCUCUCUUUGUAAUUUACAAUGGGCUAUUUGAAUUUAUAUUUCAGAAUCUUGAUGUGAAUUUGGCAGUGAACAAUCUUCUCAGCAGAGACGAAGAUGAUGGGGAUGAUGAUGAUAACCCAGAGUACCUUCCUGGAGGUGAGAUUUUCACUGAAAGCUUUUCCAGCGAUGCAUUUUCUCUGUUUUCAAAGCACUAAGAAGUAUUCGUUACUUUUUCUCCCAGAUGACCUUAUGUCCCUACUAGAUGCUGGUGUGCAUGUGGAUGAUCCAUCUUUUGUUGUGGAUCCAGAGGCAAUAUUUUCAGAGGACAUGUUUUAUAGUUCACAGUAUGGAACAAUUCAUCGACGUCCUAACAGUAGUGCCAGGGCUUCAAGAACUGCAACAGAGAGAGAAUCAGAACGUGACAGGGAAAGAAGUAGGGAAAGGGAGGCACUGAGGAGAGAGAGGGACCGAUGGCUUGGGAACAUCCAUGGAGGGGCUCUUGACUGUGGGACAUCAGGCAGUGCCCCCAAACAACCACCUCAGGACAAGGUACCUUCUCAGAGUUUCUCUGCUGAUCCUGUGAGUGUGGCAGAUCUACUUCAAUGGUGGCAAACAGGCACGGUAAGAAACUAAAAAUCUCAUUUAAUCAUUAAUUUAGACAAAAUGUUUUUGCCUGGCAGCUGCUCAUUGAAGGGGUAGCUAUAACUUCAUUCAAAAGAAACCAGGACAAGCUGUGACUUCAAUAGACCAUUGUGCAUGGUAGAAUUUCCUUCAUUAAAUAUUUCCUUUAUUCCUGCAGGAUGGUGUUUUUCCAUGCUUUACCCACAUUGCUGCCAUGUAUUCAGAGCUGAUAUGUGUAGGGGCUGAUGGGAAGCUGUACCAAUGGAAAUGGGAAGAUCCUCUUCCCUACAAAGAACAAGAUGCGGCAAUAUAUCAUCCCAGGGUCAGGUCUCUUGGUCUUGCAGAUGAGAAGGUUGUGGCUGUAUCUGCUUCCUCUAUAAGGGCAUCUGUACUCACAGAGACUGGAAAGGUAUGUACAACAUACAGCACCCUGGCUGACAUGGCUAUGACAGAAGUUUCCUCAUUGGUCCUACAUGUACAUGUAGCCCUCUAGAUCUUGUUGCACUUGUAUUAAUGUUCAUAAGAAAACUUUAUCACUCCCUGGGAGAAGUGGUUGCCAAAUGAUUAUCGCGCCAAGUUCCAAAGCUAUAGACAUUUAACUGGUAUAUCUAUGUUCUGUUCUUGGAUAAGGCACUUCACUCUUACAGGGCCUCUCUUUACCCAAGAGUACUACAAGUGGGUAUGGUGAAAAUUGAGAAAAUACUUAAGUAACCUUGGAUGAGAGGAUUAGCAAUACCUUUGGCGAUGACAUCGAGUAUGAAAUAAUCAAAUAAUUAUUUGUAUUUGAUGAUAUUUCCCUGUAGGUGGCUACAUGGGUCGAUGAAACUCUUAGCUCUAUUGCCAGUAAACUGGAGCAUGCCACCCAAGGAUUCUCAGAGUUCUCUGGAGACAAAGUUGUAGCAAUUCACACAUGCUCACUGUACACUUGUGCCCAAAUGUCGUCUGGAGCCUUGUACUGGUGGUAAGUAUCUGCUUCUUCUUUAAAAUAAUCAAUUGAAAAUCACUUUAGCUAAUGGAAAUUUGUUUGAUGAUCAAUACAUAUCAUUUCCACAGGGGUGUACUGCCGUUUGAGCAGAGAAAGAAACUGUUGGAAAAAGCUCGUGCCAGGGCAAGAAGAAAUCGCACAACCUUUACUAGCUGCAUCGUGCGUGGUGUUCAGGUAAUGUAAUCCCUAGUGCAACCACUCAUGCAGUAUGUGUUUGCACAUUACACACUUGGCAACUAAACCAUUAAUCUCCCGUUAGUGACCAAGACAGGAAGAAAAUUUAGUGUUCGCUAAAGUGAAUGUCCAUGUGUAUGUCUUUAUUGUGUGUUAUAAUGUACAUGAAAACAUUACGCGUUUCUGAUCAUCUGAAAACGAGUGCAAAUUACAAAUAGCGCGCGCAAGCUUUCAAAAUAGCGUUUAUCUUGACUUUCUGAGAUGGUUUUUCAUGUACAUUGUUAACAAGUAAUAACAUGAUUUCUCUUGCAAUUUGGUGUGAUAACUACUUGUAAAUCUUUCAAAGUCUACAAAUUGCAUUUGCCCCUCGGGCUCGUGCAAUUUUGUUGCCUUUGAAAAAUUUACUUGUGCCUAUCAACGCCAAAUUGCACUCGAAAUCAUGUUAUUACCUAUACAAAGUUGAUCAUACAAGGUAAUUUCCAUUGUUAUUUCUGAUCAUCAGGUCUGUUUGCGUAGCUGUCCUCUGUAUCAUCCUGGCUCUAUUGGUAUCAACAUCUCCUCUGGCAUUCCACGCAUGGGACAGUUGUUAGAAUCAGCUUGGAAUUUGGAUGAGAAGUGCCGUUUUAAAGUCCUUCCACUGGGAAAUGAGGAAGCCAGCUGUAGUCCACCAGUUAUUGAUGAACAAGAUAGUGAUGUUCCUGGCUCUCUUGGCUUGAGUGAGUUGCUUGUCACAACAUUUUCAGAACAUGCAUGAAAUUUUAUGCUUUCAAUUUUUGGCGACUUUGAAAUUCUUGUAACUACGGUAAAAUGCAAGUCGUACCUUGGAAUUCAAGUGCUUUAUUUUUUACUUCAUUAUCAUUCCAAUUUUAAUUUCAGAGCGGAAAAAGGAUCCAUCAUUAGAUUCCGCUGAGGAUAAAUCAGUCCAGGACUGGGAUUUGAAGGAUGUUAUCUUUGUAGAAGAUAAGCGGAACAUACCUGUUGGAAAAGUGCUCAAGGUGAAAACAUACAGAAUAUUUUUAUGAAUAUAUCUUGCUCAAUAGAUCAUUCAUAUAAAAAUGCUGACUCAAAAAAGCAUAGCACAUAUGCCAUGAAUCUUUACACACCAAACAUUGUGUAUUUAAUGGUUUUGUUGCGUUCUAAUUUGUUAGGUUGAUGGACCGUACGCCGCAGUUAAAUUCCCACCCAAAGACACUUCCCUUCAUGCUGCUGCUUUGUUAAAUGAAGAAAAUAGUUCUCUUUUACAAGAUGUGCGGCUUCUGCGCAAGGACGAGCUUCAGGUAUGCCGGCUACAUCUUGUAAUGAUAAAUAGAUUAAGAAAGAUGGCAAGUUUUGAGCUUGGUAAAGAAAUAGAGAAAUAUGUCUUUUGUCUUGUCACCAGCGUGGGACAAAGAACAAAUUCUGAGUCCCCAUGAGGAAUCGAACUUCAGACCGUUGAAUUCCGCUCUCCGAUGCUCUAUCACUGAGGCACAAAGACUCUACGGCGAGCGAGGCCCAUCACGAACUUCACAUAUGACACGCGGCCUGUAUGCUGCUAGGAUCAGCGAUGUCGAUAGCGCGAUCGACAUCGCUGGAAGCAAGGACGCAUAUGGAUCUCCCUUUAUAGUUUGAACUUAUGAUGUUGGGUCUAAAAAACUUUGUUUGCUUUAUUAAAGCUGGUCAAGUCAUCUGCUGCCAAUAAGAUUCCUGAUUGUAUUCAGCGGACACCAAAGUUGCUCUCCGUUCCAUUGGGCACCAGACCUCUUGCGGUAACUGUCAACUGUAAAGGUACUUUCAGUUUUCAAGCAUAUGUUUACUAUGACGUGUCUAGCUCGCAUUGGUUUGUUUUACUUAGUGUACUACAUUCUUUCAUGGCAGGAGUUCAUGUGAUGUUGAAGACGUCAACUGGCGUUCGCUAUGCUCUCUACAGCUUAGCAUCUUCCAAACCCGAACCUGGAGGAACGAUGCCAAAAGAAUGCGCAGCCUUCCUCAGUCAGCCUGGAGUGAAAGAUAUUCAGCUAUACCCAACAGGAGAUGUAAGGAAUAAGUACUGUUUUCAUAAACAAAGACACACGCACAGGGUUGUAGACAAGGGACAGAAAGGACAAAAAAUUGAAAAACAUUACACUUGGUAGCUAAAAUUGCUUUAAAACUCUUCAUCAUAAAUUUUUAUUGUUUGUUACUUUCCAGGAUUCUCUAAUAAUGAUGACAGACACAAACGGAGCAUUGUUCCCUCUUUCAAAGAACUUUCUCGGAACUGUCAAAGAUCCAGCAUGGACUGUAAGGAUUCAUAAUUCACUUUUUUUUUGCUUAAAUGUUCUCAUCGCUUGAGCUUUAGGGAGCUAAAAAUUGCCUGUGCGACAAAUUGCAAACGACGUAAACGUCAUUCUUUAAGUCUCUAUUAGGUUAACUGUGCAGGAUGCAGAUAAUGCAGUUUUUAUUUUACCAAGAUAUGGAAAUUGUUUCAACUGGGAAUGACUUAUUCGAUGUGUUAUUGUCUCUUUUCAUUUUAGGAUCUUCCACCUUUGCAAAGUCUUGGUGUGGGUGUCACUUCUCUCAGACCAGGAACUGAGUGCAAAACCCGAGCCUUGGUGGUAGUGUUGGCUGUACAAGUAAGUUACAUAUACCUGUACACAUUGACAUGACUUUUGUUUCACCUCGUUCACCACUGGUGUGACUUCUCACCAUUGGCUUUUCAUUAAAUGUCUUCUUUGUAGUCUGGCAUAUGUUCUCAUCGCAUCAUCUUGUUUUUUUCAUUUUUCUCCUUUUAUUUACGUAUACAUUGAUGAUCGUUGAUUUGCAGAACCAGCAGCUAAUGACUCACAUUCUGAAGUGUGACUUUGAAGCUAUUAAACAGUUUCUUGAUUCCAUGGAGGCAGAUCCUGGUAAGUCAGCAUAAGCUGAUGUAUAAUAUUGAUUUUAAGACUGCUGUAAAAAUACAGGCAAGGCAUGAAACGGGUUUGGAGAAUUACCCAUAAACCUGCGUUGCUAAUUGUUUUUAAUCGCCGGCAAAGGUGCUUGAGCAGACAAUUAGACACCGUAUUAACUUCACUCUUACCUCUCGCGGAACCAGCCAUACAUCAACAGACCAUGUUCUUGUUACUUGAGAGCUCUUAUCAAAACUUUUACCUUCUUGAAUAUGAGUCGUAGGGAACGCUUCUCUAGAUGCUCUUCGCAAUUUUCAGAUUUACACUUUUGGUUUUUAGCUGCUUCCCUCGUUUCCAAAGAUUAAAAUGUACUUUUCUCCUUGAUGUUUGACUGUACUGUGUGUACAGUCAACAUGGGUAGCCUUCUAGAAGCAGUUUUACUGGAACGAUGUGAUGGCAAUAGAAACAUUCUCCACGCCUGCGUCUCCAGAAGCUUCCCAACAUCUGCCCACGAGCCAGGGGAAGCAGUUGAAUCUCAGGGUAGCAGUGUGUCUACGGCUACAGGUGCCCUUGGUAACAAGUUAGAGUCAAUUAAGGGUGCAGUAGAUGCUCUCGCCGCUGCCGUGGCAGCCGCUGCAGCAGCUGUUCGCUCAAGUGGUGAGUUAAGGUCACUUAUCUUUCAACUAGCUUCCUUUAAAUAUCGUUUGCACUGGGCAAAACAACACUCAAGUUUAAAAAGGCCUCUAAAUAUUAGUAUUGAUUGGUUAAUCAUAAAUCAAGAAGGAGCCAAAAUGGUUAAGGAUGGAGUAGAUUAAAACAGAUUGGAAUUGACAAACUUGUGUCAAAUUUUUUCCAACAUUUUCGUCAUAAAAGAGACCCAAAAAAUGUAUGUUCAAUAUGAUAGAAAGACAUAAGAGAGGUGACUUUAAACCAAGAUGGAACAGGAAUGCUUAACGGUGAAGAGUAUCAAAACAGAGUGGAGUUGAAAAAUUCAUGUCAAAUUUUUAGCAGUGCUAAAUCAUUUUCAGCUAGAAGGAAACCGCAAAAUAUUAGUGUGGUAAAAUAGACAGAAAGUAAAAAGCCAGUAAUAAACCAAUGGGUAACAGGACCGGCUAAGGAUGGAAAAGGUUCAAACGGAUUACGAAAAGCUUUCAGUCUCUUAUGUGUUGGUUUAACAUAUGCUGCAGCCGGCAAUUUUCUCAUGGCUUGUACCAUACAAUUACAACGCAGCCUGCAAAAUUUGUACACCUGUUAAAUGUGUAACAUGCUCAAUCAAGGUUUUGUCGUUGCUUCUUUCUCAGAUGGUGGUUCCGGCAAUUCACCUGCCACUAAUAAUACAGGCUCUGUGAGCAACAGUGGUGGGAAUGGGGGUGGUAACAGUGGGCAAGGAAGCAGUGCAGGGUCGUCAAGACUGGGUAUGCAUGAGAUGAUGCAGAGAGCUGUGACUGCGGCCAGAUCGGCGACAUCCUCCUUGGCAGGACUUGAUGUGGAAGAAGAUGCCCCAAUACCUACCUUGCACUGGCCACCAGACCCUCCAGGUUACCACUUUCACUUUCAAGCGCAUUAGUUAUAGUAACAAGUAUCAGUUAAAAACGUAGUGGGUACUCAGUGUUACCUAGAAGCACUGGCUACUUGUUUCCGAAGCGCCGGCUACUUCAGAAGCAUUAUGUUUUUUAUCUUCCAUCUGAAUUCAAUUUAAACCUUUGCUAAGUAGUGUUUUUGUUUCGACUACCUUCUAAAAUAUUCUCUUGAGAACACUAAGUACCAGAACGACAACAGUUUGACCAAAAGUCCAAUACUAUUUUACUCAGUUGUGGUGUCCAGAAACCAAGUUUGCCAAAUCAUUGUUUUCAAAUCUUGUUACUUUCUCGUUUGAGUUUUUGGCCAGUCGUUAAUUCUAGUCGUUUUCGCUCAGUCGUCAGUCAAGAUUUUAGUUUUAACUUUAAUGUAGUUUGAAAACAGGAUUAAAUAUGUUUUGGAUUUUUACCACAUUUGAGACCAUUCCUUUGACUGGAUUUGAUAAUAGUGACGGCGCAAAUUAUUCACAGUCUAGUCGUAAUCCAUAAACUCUCAAGAUCCAACAAGUAAUUCUUCCAUUUGACUGCCAUACAUUACCUUGACAUCAAACGAGAGAAUUUGGUGUUAUAUCAACAUAAACCUUUUCGUGCUGAUAAGUUUCUGUGUUGUCUGAUUACGUAUUGGAAUCGUAGGGAGAAAUUACUUGCUAAUCCUUCCUCAACUUUCAUUGUUUAGAUUCGCGAGAUGACGAUGCAGGUCCGCCAUUAACCCCGGCUCCGUCAGGGACAAUUCCUACACCAGCGCCAUCCACAGCAGCUGCUGCAGUAGGAGGAACCGGAGCAGCGGCAGCAGGCUCCAGCAAGUCUUCUGAACCAUUGUCGACACAGACUAAAGCUCUGAAGUGUCUGAAUCUGUUGUGUAAUAGCGCUGUAUUAGCGCCAUUCCUGUUGCAACUCAUGACAGCCAAGUAAGGAGGGAUAAUCCAUUGACAUCUCGUUCAAUUUCUUACAUAAAAACAUGAAAUUUCGAUUAUCAAGUUUUUUAAAAGAAGAACUUUUAAUCUUGUAUUAACCUCUUGUAGUGAUUUUGGGGUUAAUCCAUUACAAGUACACUAGUGUAUAAAGUAGUAGGAAGGAAAUUGAUAAAAUUACUCAGUGUGGAAAGUUUAUCUCGGAACAACUGAGAAACAAAGAAUUUGAGCAUCAGAGUGAAGGAGUUGGACCCAGGACUACAACGCUUAAAACUACUAGACCAAGUUGUCUCCUUGAAACAAAUUCAUUUGAAAUUAAACAAAUUUAAGUUAUUAAGAGAGGAGAAGCAGUCAGCUGGAAAUAAGAGAGAGCCUGUUUAGACAUGUAUAAAUUCCCCCUGGUUUCAUUAUUUGAUUUCUGUUAGCUGUUACUCUUUUUUUCUUGCUAUUUACUACAUCUUCUCUAUUUUUCAGGGAUACAGAUGGCUGCACCCCAUUCAUGGCUGCCGUUCGCGGCCGGUCCUACUAUCCUGCCCUCAAUCUGUUUGCCACUGCCAAGUACCUAGCGACUGGCCCAGACGGACAGAUUGAUAGAAGUGUCCUGAUGUCCAUGCUGUGUCCAUCAGACAGUCACCCAGACGCCUCUCCUUUGCAUGUUCUCUGCUGUAAUGAUACUUGUUCGUUCACUUGGACCGGCACCGAGCACAUAAAUCAAGACAUCUUUGAAUGCCGCACUUGUGGUUUGACUGGUUCUCUCUGUUGUUGUACUGAGUGUGCGCGAGUUUGCCACAGAGGACAUGAUUGCAAGUAAGACUAGCAGCUGUGCCAGGUCUUUCAGUGAAUGUACUUUAAAAUGAUAUUUUUAAACUAAACACACUGUUUUUUGUUAUGUAAUCAGGUUGAAAAGAACGGCACCCACUGCUUACUGUGACUGCUGGGAAAAGUGCAAGUGCCGUGCCUUGGUACCAGGCUCCCAGGCUGCUCGCACCCAGCUCCUUAAAAAACUUGUUUCAGAGACUGACCUCGUAAGCCGACCAAAUGGAAGGUUAGUCGACUUAGCUGUCCUAAUUCCUCGACAUCGAACACAAAAGAAAGAAAAUAGGAACUGUUGAAUGUAGUCGUGAAAUUUUUUUGUGGAAUAACAAUGCAAAAGCAUUACAGCUCAGGAUUACAUUGGCACAUAUCUGACAAAUCUUGAAAUUGGUACUCCUGAUUUUUAGUCUAAAUACCUCACUUUGUUGAAGCAUGGCCAGGCCUUAGAUGUUUUCCUUUUAUUAACUGAUAUCACUCUUAAAGCUUUAACUAUAGAACACAGUGUUUUAAAGCACCUUUCCAUUCGUUCUGCAGAGGAGAGCAUUUGCUGUUAUUUUUGGCUCAAACAGUGGCUCGACAAACUGUGGAGCAGCGACAGUUCCGACCUCAUCGCACCACAACAGAUACACGUCCUAAAGCAAAGACCAAGACGCUUGGUGCAAGUGGAACGCCCUUGCCUCUCCCUGAGCACGACUUGGAUCCUCCAAGGUUCGCGCGUAAGGCACUAGAGUUUAUUCUACAGGACUGGAGAGCUGUGAGUGCAAUGUUGAGAGAUGGUUGUCGUACGCCAGGAGAUGCCAGGUAAACUUGGAACAGUUUUUACAUCUUUUGUCGUCAUACCAAGUCGAUCUUUCCCUCGUAAAUGUUUACAUUAGAAAUCUGAAAGACUUAACACAACCAAAUUGAAACAUGCAAUACUGCGUGCGCAGGGAGUAUGUAACUUCUCCUUACUAUAUCCAUACAUUAUCCAGCAAACAUGUAAUGAAAACACUCAAACUGUUAAGGUAGAAGUUGUUAUCUUGAUUUAACACCAAAUUCUCGUAACUAAUGUACAAGGAGAUGUAUAGCAGCGAAAGGGAGAAUUGACAAUCAGAUCUUGGGAGUUAAAGGGAUAAGGGAGAAUAUCUUUUCAACAAAAUUAAAAAUGGUUUUAUUCUCGGUAAGUUACAUGGCCACAAGAUUAAACUACUUACCAUUUUUAGACCGCAUGCGCACGAGAGCAGUGGUUUGCCCGACGCUGGUGCAAGUCAACUGAUUCCUCUAACUGAACAAGAAGAUCGUCUUCAGAGUCAGCCCGGUACAGUCCGGCUGGAUGCAUUUACACACUGUCUUGUAGCCAAGUGCGGCCCAGAGGUAACGUGUGACUUCUACAUUUCUAUCAAUAGAGCAUGGCUCAUGAUAUCUCAUUCUACCAAGCUAUGAUUGUCAAAUUCAGUCAUGUAACGUGGCUGAGUCUAUUAAUUGUUGUCUAUUUUUCUGUUAACAUUUUAGACACUUGACCCUCUUCUAGUUACUCUAGUCAAUGCGAUUGAAAACUCAACCGAUCCUCACAAAUCUGAUGAACUGAGCCUGGCUCAGCGCUUUAUCAGAUCUGUAGCCAGAGUGUUUGUUGUCCUGUCAUCGCAAAUGGCUCCUGCUAAUGGCAAACGCAAAGUGUAAGUGUUUUUGUCCAUAAGUUGUUAUUUGCGUGACCAUGAAAGGUUGGUUUUCUCUUAUUCUCUAAUACAUUCUGUAUUGUCGCCGUAAAGUGUCCAUUUCCGAGGACCCAUUCACUUUCUUCCUACAAUUAUGUUCCUACAUUAUCCAGCAAAAAGGUUAUGCACGCGUGUUUGUGUUCAUCUCUCAAACUGAACAAGCUCAGGACUCAGUAGUGCUAAUAUAUUUGGUUUUGUUUCCAUUUCCUGUUUGAAACAGAGGUGUCGCGCAACCGUUGAUCAAGUGUCAGCGCAUUUUCCAGUGUCUUUCCACCAUUGCCAUUCCGGAACUUGUCCAAGUAGCCGAUGCAAUCUUAGCUCCAGUUCGGCUUGGCAUCUGUCGCCCAGCGCAACCAUUCAGUCUGUUGUCUUCUACACUAGAAGCUACUCAAGCCAGUGAGGAUUUAUUCACUGUGGAACCAUUACCAAUGAGACCCUCCACGCCUUCGGUGGAGGAAGCCGCCACUCAGGAGAGACCCAGUAUUCAUCGUGUGCGAACUCAGAGGCACAGGAGGAGGCAGACUGUUACUAUUCCUCGUGUGCAGGAACAGAGUGCUGUGCCUGUGGAAGGACCAGCUGUUGAUGGAGAAGAAGUAGAGGUAACAGUGUCAUGUGUCACUCUGUUGUUAAAUAGUGAGGAGAAAAUGGAUAGCUUUGCCAACGCUCCAAAUAAUGCAUAUGUAUUUAUUUUAUAGAAAAUUUUAUGUUUUUAUUGUCAGGUUGUUGAAGGAGGAGAGAUGGAAACAGAGAGCCACGAAGAAGUAGGAGAUGAAGAAAUUGAAAGCGGAGCAGCUGGGAAUGAAUCUGAUAUGGAUUUGGAUUUACUUGCCGAGAGCGAGAGUGACAGUGAAGAGAGUCAGGUACAACUUGCUCCUUCAGACACGUACAUGUACUAGUGUACACCUCAUGUGACCAUCAGCCUGCCGUGUUGAAUUGUGUCCGAUCUUAGUUGUCGGAUACGGCCGAGUGUGAAGGAGUCCGUCCAGUUUUCGACGGUUCAGUCCGAUCCCGACUUAAUACGCCUCCACCCGCUUCUCGAUGGAUCCGUUCAGUCGUGGACGGGUUCGGUCAAAUUUUGGGCGGUUCCGUCCGAUUCUACACGGGUUCGUCCGAUUUAGUUUGUUCCCAGCGUCCAGUUUCAGAUGGUACAUUUAAUUAGAGGGGUAUUACGGACUCUUUUCCAAAUUUAGAUUCACGCCAGUAAUCCUUUGUUUUUCUGUCUGUUUGUUACCAGGUCGGUGAAGUGAACGUUGUUGAGAGUGUCCGUCGCAGUCGUGUCACAGGCUCACUAGUUGGUUCAGAUGGUAGCGCCAGCAUGCAUGGUGAACAUGUAGAGUUGUACUCUGAAGAGGAAUCAUCUACAGGAGAAGAGGAGGAAGAAGAAGAGGAAGAAGAAGAGGUGGUGGUGGAAACGUAUGAUAUACCUGAGAGUAUCGAGAACAGACCACCUACUGGAGGUAAAGUAUCUACGCUCCAUUCUAGACAUAAGGAAGCGACGCUAUAAUACGCAGUGCCUUGGAAAGGUCUCUUCCCACGAGGGAGGAAAAAAAGUGAAAGCGAGAUAUUAAGAACAUUUUCUGAUACACUUUUGAUACAGGUGUCACCAUUCCCAUAGCCAUGAUGUUUUUUUAUUCCGUCUUUCAGGAGUGGACCCCAACGCUACCCCUCAUGCCAUGCAGUGGGCAAUACGAGCCAACAACUCCCAGUCAAGAGCUGCAGGUAAUAGUGCAGCCACUCCGCAGCCCACCAGCGGUACAGGGUUUAUCUACGUUGAUUCCAGCUCACUCAGACGAAGUGGUGGUAACGCCGCAGCUGCUAGUACUGCAGCCUCUAGUGAAGUGACUGGGACCAGUGGUGCGCUUAGUAUGAGUAACUCUGCCAGUGCACUGGCGCGAGCCUUUGGUAUUGUUGUCCGGGAGGUAAGUGGAUUGGGCCGAUUCGUUUUCAACGAGGUACACGCUUAGUUCAGAUUUUACUGCCAUGGGAGUGUGUUGCUUCUGUGUAUUACAGUGUGUGUUAAUCAAGUGUUGUUAAACCAAAACCAGAGUAAUCUCACCAGCCACUCAGAAUGAAGACAAUUGCUCAAGCAGCCAGUGGAGGCUCAAGGGAAAUAUAAGCAAACAUUCUGAAGCGCGGGAAAACGCCAAUAAUCAGGCCGCCAUUUUGUUUAGUUUCGUUUUUGGUUGAUCGUGCGGUCACCGGUGUCUUGUAAACCAAACAGAGGGCGCAGUAUGGCCAAUUCUAUGCAAUCUUUGAUUCCCGUCGGCACUCUAUUUAAAAUUGCGCCAUACACAGAGGUAUCUUUUACUUUACGAGGUAUAUCCCAGUGUUUGUGGCAGGUAACGGAAUGAAAUUAAUUCUUUUAUUCUUAUGAAAAAGCUAACAAUCCUUUGUGCUCUACUGUUUCUCAGGUCACCGACCUGCUGAACAUCGCUCAAGACCCGUCUGCCCUCCCUGCAGACAGCCUAACACCUACCCCAUCGGCCUUAGCAGAGAUUAAUGUACUGGCAGACCAGCAGCUUCAAGCGGCUUGGAACUGGUUGGCAGUGGUGUUGGAUUGCACUGAAGCUCAGCUUAGGUUUGGGUUGUCUCUGUCAGCAGCUACCGACCCCUCCCACCCUUCCCAUCCGCUUCACGAGUUUCAUCCUAAAGCCAACAAAGACAGGAGAACACGAGAAGACCCGACGCUUCUGAGAGCUUUGGAGAACAAAAGGAAAAGAUCUGUGGUCAGACGGUAAGUGAUUUUAGACAGUACAAACUUGCGUUAGUUUGGAGUGACAUAACGAGACUUAGGCCCCUUAGUGAAGAAAACUAAGGUUUGACCGAACUGACUCUACGCCUAAUAUCUUAGCACGAAAUUUGAAAUAACCAACGUCAAUUCUAAUUCCAAACCGCAAGAGGGGUAAGGAAGUUGUCAUCACCAUCAGCAACUGACUUACCGGGUGGCAGAAGGGAAGAUUCGUUGUAUAGCUGAGGGGAAGAGUUUUAUAAUCCCACGGCUGGUUGGACAUUCAAAACGGGCUCUUUCGCGCAGUUUUCUUUGGAAUAGUUAUGGAAGACUUGCGACAGCGGCAUUUGGCAUAAAACAGCUUUUGCUGCUUUUAGCCGCUUCCAUUUGUUUUGUAUUUAUUUUUGUCAUUGUUCUUUUUCAUCUUUUGAAACAGUAAACAUGGAGCGACCAGUAGUAACCUGGACACUGGUCGACAAGACUUCUUGGUUUACGUUCUUUCCCUUUUGAGAGGCCAUUCAAACGAACACGGAGACUCCCUACCCAAACUGGAUGUUUCUUCCUUGCGCCAUGUUGCCUAUGUUCUGGACGCUCUAGUUUACUACAUACGUAAUAACCCAAACGCCAGUUCUCAGGCGAACCGAUCCAGUGCAGAGAAGACUGUUACCGCUGACACACCCAACGAUGAAGAAGGUGGUGAUGAUGUCGAUGAUGAAGAUAGUGCGAGUUUUAAGAGGGACGCCGAUGAAUAUGAAGAUGAUACAGAUCAUGUUGAGGAUGAACCUAUGCCCACUCCUACCUUGCCUGGAAAUUUGCACAGGUUUGUUGGUGUACAUUAGCGAGGUGCAUCUGGUUUUUGAGACGAUGGCAUUAUUCUUUGUUCCAAAAUUGAAUCAUUUAAGGGCUUAAAAUCUUAAUUUUCCCGCCAAUAAGUGAAACACAGAUGACUUGAAACAAAAACCUUCAACAAAGAUGCGUUGUAUCUAAAGCGACGUCUCGGAAAAAGCACAUAGUUGAAUUGGAGUUUGGGGAAGGAACUGAGUUGGGGCGGUUCUUAACUCUUGCAACUUAUCUACCAAGUUGUCUGCAUGUAGGAGUAAGUUCAUGCUCAGUGCACAAAAUGUUGUGAUUUCAGCUUCUUUGUGCGAACUGACUCCACCACCGUACUAGGCUGCACUCCUCCGGACCCGUACCAGGCUCCUGUAGAGGAAGCCUUACCUCUUGCCUCUCAGCCACACCUUUUGCACCCCACAGCACGCAGAGAGCAGAUGUUUGGAACUAUACAAGAGCAUUCAGACAGUGGCCGCGGUGGUGCACCUAUGGUCAGCAGCAUGGCUUUGUCGAGGGAAGGUUCUGAAUCAGUGGUCUGUACUACAAGACCAACUAGUGGUGCCGCCACGGGACAGCUCUGGUCUGCAAUGGACGUGAACAGUAAGGCCUUUUGUAAUGAAAGUCCCAAAACCCCCUUUCCCCUCCCCCCCUGAAAUCCAUUUUAACCGUAAAAUGUGCUUAUACUCAUCGGACGCCAAGAGUGCGCGUAUUUGUUAUUUGAAACCUUUUAGCCGACGGCUUUUUAAGCUGACAGUUCCUUUUCUACCCAUUCACAAUUUGAAGUCCGGCCCUGCUUAAUACAGGUUUCGCUGUGUCACCAAAAACAAGUACAUUCUCAGUCUGUCUUUCCACCUGGUGUGGGCGCAUGGAGAAAAUAGCUGAAUAAAAGGCAAGCUAGUGUGUCCGAAAUACCCGUAUAUUCAAAUACUGUAAUUAAAUGCCCUUUUUCGGAGCUUUAAGUGGCUGUCGAAGAUUUUUAUCGUGAAGAACACGCAGACUUUAUUAAUUGACGCACGUAAACAACAAUAGAUGCAGCAUUAGGCCCCUAAAGACGCUGGGAGUACGUUUUUGUUGGCAAGAUUACAUUAGACAUAAGUUAAAACUACUCUCAAAUUCUCAUGAUUCUAGUGACAGAAAGUGAGUCUUCAGUUGAACCCUCAACGUCAGGUGGCAAAAAUUCCGAAUCUGCUGUUAAUCCCACGGCAUCCACCUCUUCUUCCAAACCUGUCAUCUGUAAUGGAACCUCUGCUAACUCCCUGUUGGGCCGCUGGAGGUUGUGUGUGGAGUUAUUCGGCCGGGUAUUUCUGGAAGACGUUGGAUCCGAGCCUUCGUCUGUAUUGAACGAGUUAGGCAGGUUUGAUGUGAAAGAGACCAAGUUUAGGCGAGAGAUGGAACGGCUUAGGAACUCCACCCAGCGUGACUUGACUAUUGAGGUACGAGACUUUUUUUAAAGUGGAAUCCAAAGUAAGAGGUCAUUUGUCAGUCUGUCAAUCUGUUAGCAUGCUAGUCAGUUUGUUAAUCAGGCAGGCAGAGAGGCAAAUGGACAGUCUAUCAGGUAGUCAGUCAGUCAAAUAACCGCAGUCAGUUUGUCAGUCAGUCAGUCAGUCAGUCAGUCAGUCAGUCGACCAUUCAGGCUGUCUGCGAGGAAGUCAAUCAGUCAGUCGCUUUCAGCUAUAUUAACUUUUGCGUAUGUGUUUAGUCUAAGUAUUUCAUGUAAGCCGCACGAAUUGACCUCAAUAGUUCCUUUUUCAUAUUCCCAGGUUGAACGCGACCGUGCCUCUCUCAUUCAACAAACCAUCAGACAGUUAAACACACAGUUUGGCCGGCGCUGUCCCAGGUCUCGUCCAAUGACUAUACACCGUGUUAAGGUGACAUUCAAGGACGAACCAGGGGAGGGGAGCGGUGUGGCGAGAAGUUAUUACACUGCAGUUGGAGAAGCGUUCCUUUCUGGAGAAAAGCUGCCAGCUCUUGAUAAUAGCAGAAGUAAGGCUGGAUUUGGUCUUCAUUAUCGCUACUCUUAAAUAACUGACCCCAUUUUACCAGAUAACGUCAUAAGAACGUUCCCAAGAAGUAGCGGAUGUUACUCUGCUGGAUCGGCGAAGAGGACCUAAUUACAUGGAAGAAGGGCUCUUUACUCCUGACUAAACCUUUGUCUGUCUCGAUAAUAUCAUUAGAACUCUGUUCUGUACUGAACAUUUUAUAAAACAGAACAACUGUUAUCUACCGGUUGAAGCUGAUCAACAAUUCUCCCUUUUAGUUUGAUACACGGCCGUUUUCUCUGUGUUGAAAUAGAAGUUAAAAUGUCACGCAUUACCAGAUAAAUUUCGGCACAUCACAAGUGCUACAAUUACCAUUACAAGCGUGAUCGGGAUCACGUGAUGCAUUAUACAACUUUCUCUGAGUGAUAGACACUGACGAUGUGUUGAUCUACCAACAGGUAUAGCUCAGCGUAUCAGACGCGCAACAAGUUACCGAUACAAGCGAGAUCGUGAUCGUGAACGUGAUGCAAGAAGACAGCUGUCAGCCGAUGCACGAGCUUUUCAUUUCAGUGGCGGCAGCAGCACUGGUGAUGGAGAGGAUCCCGAUGGUGACCCACUGCCGUACCACAGGCAGUCUUUAGGAGAGAGGCUGUAUCCUCGAGUCCAUGCCUUGCAGCCUGUAAGAAAACGACUUGUGUCUUAUUGUUACGGGGGCUAUUUUGACUCAAAACCACUCAUUAGAUGGUAUGAAAAACGCGCAAAAUAUGUGUUACUGACGAAGAAAAACGAUAACAAACUUAACAAAAACACACUAACGAGGAGGUAUGAGAAAGUAAAGGACGAAAUAGCUAAAUACAAAAUUACACAAAAAAUAAUUAGCAAGCGCAGAGAUCUUACAAGGGAUGUUGUUUGAUUUAAGAGGAAUUCACUGAGUUAAUAUCAUGAGAACAGUAUGGCAGACAUUGUCAAGAAUUGUUAGUAAGAUCUUGAGAGUGAUGAGGUAACUGAAGCUCAACUUAACAUUCCCUUUUACUCUAUUUCAGUCUCUGGCCAGCAAGAUCACCGGCAUGCUUCUCGAGCUUUCUCCUGCUCAGCUACUUUUACUGUUGGCCAGUGAAGACACUUUGAGGCAGAGAGUGGAGGAAGCUGUUGAGUUACUUCUUGUGUCUGGAAGGUAAAGAGGAGAAAUUGUGUCCUAUUGUGAAGCUGUUCAUGACUCACCGACUAGUUUGAUAUUAAGCCUUUGGCUGCGUGAGAUGUUUUCGUUAUCAUUAAGGGUACACCAUCCGAUAUGAUCGACUUUACUCUGCUUCCGCUCUGGUCACCGAAACAUCACUAACUGUCACCCUCACCCGGAAGAUCGCAAGGCAUACCGGCAAAAAUUGACUCGCGGGUUCAUUAAGGCCGACAUUUCUUAAGUAAAUUACUGUUUGAUUUACGAUGUUAUUGCCGGCUGUGAUUCGGAACCUCGUGGGGAACUUAGAUUUUUCUUAAGUUUUCCCACACAUUUGACUGGUGUUGAUUCUCUCUCUCUAAACUGGCUCAGAGUUGUUUUCGCGUCCAUCUGAAUGAAGUUCUUUUCUUUCCUAGGAAACAAGUCAAGGAUGCAGACGAGAACCCCCUUAGCGCUGGUGCGGACCUGGAUGAUUCCGAGGACGAUAGUGCUCCGUUGUUCUACCAACCAGGCAAGACUGGGUUCUACUCGCCACGCCCAGGGAAGUGCUCUGAAGAGAGAUUGAACUGCUUUAGGAAUGUUGGAAGGUGAGAACAAACUGAAAAUUGGUGUCAGGCUUAAGUGGUUCUCUAUUAGUAAUGUCGUGUAUUAUGUGGUGUUAAGUUUUGUUUUCUUAAACAGUAGUGUUCGAUUGGCCACGCAGGAAUUCUUGGCCCAGGAUAAACUGUGAUGUUUGUCUUCUUCUCAGGAAACAGCUUUCUCUUUCGACUAUGUUGCAACUUCCGUACACUCAGCAUUUAGAUUUUUGUUUGUUUGUCUGUUUGUUUGUUUGUUUGUUUUUGUGGUUGCAUCAAUAGGAAGCUAUGUACGUUAAACAUGAACAGAAGCCUAUAACCCAGUUUCUGUGUGUCCAAGGGUUACACUAGGUACCAUAGGUACAUAUAGUUACUAUUCUUUUGUUCGUUUUUCUGGUUGUUUCCUUUCAUGUGACAAUUAGAGCUGAAGUGAAUUUAAUUUUCCGACUCUUGUAUUGAAGGAUCAUAGGAUUGUGUCUUCUACAAAACGAACUGUGUCCGAUCAACCUUAACAGACAUGUUAUAAAGCACAUCCUCUCAAGAAGGGUAAGUAAAUGAUAUACAAAUGCACGCAGUCUGAUUUUUCGAUAAUCGCCCGCCUGGGGACUUCAUAAUAAGUUACUGUAAUCUUUUAAAAUGGUGGCUGCCUGAUUUCUUGUAAUUGUUGAAAGAAAAAACAAACACUUAGAGAAAAAGCGGUCGCUCUAUUGAUAAUCACAGCAAGUACGGCUAAACAGCUGAUAUUGAUAAUCACAGCAAGUACGGCUAAACAGCUGAUAUUGAUAAUCACAGCAAGUACGGCUAAACAGCUGAUAUUGAUAAUCACAGCAAGUACGGCUAAACAGCUGAUAUUUGGCUCGAGCUCUGCAAAUGUUAUUGCUCUAUUCCAGUUAACAUGAUUGCGCCUUCAAAGAAUAAUUGCUUUUAAAUUAUAUUGUAAUUACGUGCGUUUUGAAACCCUUGAGGGAGGACCAUGAAGUCUAAAAUGUACCAAGUAUCUCUAAAUCAAACUCAUUAAAGGGGACUAUUAGUAAAAACAGUUUUCUUUUAAUGUAGAUUGGUUGGCACGACCUGGCAUUUUUCGACCCUACUCUCUACGAAAGCUUACGGAAAAUCAUCGUCGAAGCCACGUCCCCAAAUGCCGAGCACAUUUUCAAGGGCUUAGACUUGACAUUUAGUGUCCAGGCCACGGUGGAGGAAGGCGAUGGCGGCCAAGUGGAAUUGAUCAAAGGUGGAAAAAAUGUUUCUGUGACGCCAUCUAACGUGUAUGACUAUGUACGGCUGUAUGCCGAGCACAGAAUGGUGGGCCAUAACAAGAAGGCGCUCCAGGUAAAUUUAGAUGGUAUGAAGUAUCACUUGAAUGACUCUUCUGCGUUUUUAAAUAAUUUCCUGUAGAGUAUGGGAAGUAUGGUAGAUUAGUCAAACACGCAUCAUGUGAACCAAUCAGAUGUAAGGCGAGACAAGUCGUUACCUGGUCAAUCGCGUUUUCCCGCGCUUUAGGGGGUUUUUCGAUCUUAUUGGAUCCUUCUUAUUUUUGUCUUUAUUCUGAUUGGCUUCUUCUGGUUUUGCAAAGUUUAAUCGUCAAAAGUGUCUCAAAAUAUUCUCACCAAACAGUGUAGAGGGCGAUUUCAAAAUGUUUGUUCGUGCAGAAGUUUAGUUCCUAUUUUUAGGGACUUGCAGAGGUUUUGCACUCAAUUUGUGCUUCACGUAUGAGUUGAAGAGAUCUCUCUUUGUUCAAAUGGCUUUUUAAGCUGUAAUUUGAUCUGCAGUGUAUCGAACGCUGUGUUUACAUUUUCACAUCCUGGGAAUUAAAACUGUGUUACUCUUGUUGAAGGCUCUACGAAAUGGAGUAUUGGAUGUGAUUCCCUUAUCUGCAUUUGAUAACCUGACAGCUGAAGAUUUCCGCCUGUUGUUGAAUGGUUGUGGUGAGGUGAACGUACAACAGUUGACGAGCUACACUUGUUUUAACGACGAGACUGGAGGUAUGAAAUGAACGUGAUGAUGUAACAUCUUAUCACAAUAUGUUUGUCAUGUUAUUUGUUGCGAUGCUGUCCUGGUGUGACGUCAUGGAGUACAAAGUUAUGUCUUGAGGUUUGAUUUGACGUCGUUCAACGCCAUGUGGAGCUAAGUCGUAUGACAUGAUUUACGAUGUGACACCAUGUGGUUUCAUGAGCCACACUUGAUUCCAUGAGAUGGGAGAUAUCUGAAAGUAAUAGUCAUGACAUCAUGUCGCAAAAUGCCUACGAUGUCUUGUCAUUUGAAGUGAGGUGUCAUUUCAAGGCACAGGAUAUUAUUGAGUCAAAUAACAUUUCACCUGUUUUUGUGCCACGUUUUAUGAUUUGCCGUUAAAUAUCAUAUCGUUUGGCGCGAUGUGAUCUCAAUUGUAAUGCCAUGUUGAGGCGAUGUCGUUGUGUCGUCAUUUGUCACGCGGUUGUUUUCAUUUACCCUGCAUCUUUCUCUUUGCUCUCGGUAGGUGCUGGAGCUGAAAAGUUGCUCAAGUUCAAGAAGUGGUUUUGGUCCAUUGUUGAAAAGAUGAGCAAUUCGGAUAGACAAGACUUGGUGAGCAUUGAAGCUUUGUUACAAAUGUAAAGAACUUUAAAAAACCUAGAGGCUCGUGAAAUAACCACACUUCUACUGCGUUGAAAUUUCGUGGGGAUGUUACUGAAAUUAAUGACCGUGGAAAGAGAAAUUUGUAAACGCUCGUCAAAGACUUGUCUCGGGUGUAUAGAACGUUUAUUUGAAUGAUAAUAAAGGGCUGCUUCUUUAUGGAAGGGUUAAACCAUAACCAAGUUUAGAACAUACUAAACGGAAACCAGCCUUUGACGUUAUUUAAUGGCUGUGAAUUCAAUUUAGCUGAAGAAAUGUUGCUUAUUUAAAACCAAUCGUUAAAGAAAGUGUAUUCCAUAGUUGACAGUUUUGGUUCACAGUUGAUCCUUUAGCUUGAGUAGCUUUUGAUACAGAGCACUUUAUUUGAAGGUUUAUUUUUGGACAUCAAGCCCGGCACUCCCUGCGAGCGAGGAAGGUUUCCAACCUAAACCAUCGGUAACAGUCAAACCUGCACAUGAUCAUCAGCUUCCCACUGCUAAUACGUGUAUCUCCCGGCUGUACAUACCACUGUACUCUUCACGUGCUAUUCUUAAAAGCAAGCUUCUACUGGCUAUCAAGACCAAAACGUUUGGAUUUGUAUAAGAGAUAUCUGACAAGUGUUGACCAGUGCAACCAUAAACAGAAGAGAAUGGAAGCAAAGGGAAUGAACAUGAAGGAAUCAGUCAUCCCUUAGAAAUCUCCCGCUCCGUUUCAUUCUUUUGAUUUAGACAAUUUCAAAGUGUUAUCCCUUAGCACCUACCACUAAUAUUCACAUUCUUCUAAUGAUGCCUACAAGGAGAAUUUGUUUAACAAUCAGGACCUUCUUGAAUCAGUGAUCAUUUCCAUAAUUCUCAUUAACCUUUAUAAUUAAUUCAAGGGUGAUACUUGUAAGGAGAAGUUAGAAGCCAGUGUGUCUAAGGCGAUAAAGUAAGAUCUUUCCGCAUAGUAGAUCGUCAACCGUGCUGUUUAUAAAUUGUAUUAAGAAACACCAAUAAAGAAUUCGUUGAAAU